AUCAUAAAAAAUGCAUCUUUAGUGCACCGGCGAGGUGGCGGGCGUUACGUAACCCGCGGGUGUAAUGUAGCAUACAGUCUGUUUAGCUCAAACAAGUAAACUAAAGUAAUAAUAAAAAUGGCUGAAGCAAUAGAAUUAGCUACAUUUAAUGAGACUGUCAUCUCAAGCUUUGAGGAAUUCUGGAUUCACAUCUUUGCAGUAAAUGAUCUAACGGACAUAAGAGGGCUUACUCUAGAUGAAGAAAUUAUCGAUACUUUGAAAAAGUUAUCAUUGGACAUGAAAGUUUACUAUAACUCGACAGACUUGGACUUUGGCCCUCCAGAAAUCGAUAAAUAUUAUGCAGUUUUUGAUGAUGAGUGGCACCGUGUUAGGUGCACAAGUCUCGAUUCGAAAAAAGAAGUAGCCACAGUGUACUUUAUUGACAGGGGCGACGAAGAUUCGUUUUCUUACGACGUCCUGCAUCCCCUUCACCAACACUUUUUUCAAUUCCCAGCACAGUCUCUUAAAUUGUCAAUCUGUGAUCUAGAAAUAUUUAAGGAUUGUAAAGAAAUACAAACUUUCAUAGAAGAAACACUAGUUAAUAAGGACGUUUUUGUCAGAGUUAAAAAUGUUAACCAAGACUGUGAUAUUCCAACUUUGUCCGUUGAAAUGAUUGUAGAAAAAGACAGUGAAGACGAAAUUAAUUUUAAUGAUCAAGUUUUUGAAAAGCUGUGUGAUGAAGUUCUCAACCCGAAAAUACAUAUUGGAACUGUAAGUAUGGCGUGCCGCUUGUGAAGAUGAAUUUUUGUAAUUUAUCUUAUUUGCUUAGGACAAAGUUGCACAAGAAACUCACGUCUCACA